CACCUGAGCAGCUCUUGUGAUUUUCCAAUAUUGGUGAACCCAAAGCCACCAAAGAGAGAGAGAGAGAGAGAGAGAGAGAGAGAGAGAGAGAGAGAGAGAGCCUUUGACCCAUUAGUGUGCUACAGCACAGAACUAGAGAUACUUUCUGCUUGCUUACUCCACCAACCACAACAGAGUUAGCUCAUCUCCCUGUUGACCAGUUUCUCUUCAUACACCACGUAGGCCUGUCUUACUUUGCUAUAAAGCCCAUGCAGAACAAGAAACUUGCCACAAAAACAUCUGAACCCGAACCAUCCAAGCACAGGAACAGCUAAAACUAGUUUCAGGAUGGCUACAGCUGCGUUGUGCUUCAGGGCGUCUGCUCUCUCCGUGGCCUGUUUUCUCCUGGCCUUGCCAUUGCUGAUGGCACAGGACCCUUCAAAUCUGAGCCUGGAGCACUACUCCAAGACAUGCCCGAAUGCGGAGCAUGUGGUCCGGGCAGAGAUGGAGUGUGCGGUGCGCGACGAACCACGCAAUGCCGCUUUGAUGCUUCGCCUCCAUUUCCACGACUGUUUCGUGCAGGGCUGUGAUGGAUCGGUGCUGCUUGACGACACCGCGACCAUGAUCGGAGAGAAGCAAGCAGACCAGAAUGUGAACUCGCUGAAAGGAUUUGAGGUGGUUGACAAAAUCAAGGCAAAGCUGGAGGCUGAGUGUCCUGGAACAGUUUCCUGUGCUGACUUGCUUGCCAUUGCAGCCAGGGACGCAGUUGUCUUGGUGGGUGGGCCUUACUGGGAUGUUCCAGUAGGAAGAUUGGACUCCAAGGAGGCAAGUCUUGACCUAGCAAACAAGGACAUCCCUACCGCUGAGCAGGGCCUUGUCACCCUUAUUUCCAAGUUCUGGGAGAAGGGCCUUGAUGCCACUGACAUGGUGGCCCUUGUCGGAUCCCACACGAUUGGAUUCGCACGGUGCGCGAACUUCCGGGACAGGAUAUACGGCGACUUCGAGAUGACAUCCAAGUACAACCCUGCGUCUGCGACCUACCUCAGCAAGCUCAAGGAGGUCUGCCCCAUGGAUGGUGGCGACGACAACAUCAGCGCCAUGGACAGCCACACUUCCUCGACCUUCGACAACGCCUAUUUUGAGUCGCUCAUCAAGGGCGAGGGCCUCCUCAACUCCGACCAGGAGAUGUGGUCCAGCAUCGCCGGGUACUCGACGGCCGACACGGUCAACAAGUACUGGGCUGACCCGGAGCUGUUCUUCAAGCAGUUCUCGGACUCCAUGGUCAAGAUGGGCAAUAUCACCAACCCUGCAGGUGGUGAGGUCAGGAAGACCUGCAGAUUCGUGAACACAUAAGCUGGUGGAACCUUCGUUUGCGCCUUCUCCUUUGAUGGUUGAUGAUUGUCUGCAAAUAAGAACGUUUUUCAUAGCAUAUACUCUACUGGUAUAGGUAUUAUCGUCGUCGCGCUACACUGAAAUAUUUUGGCUGUAUGGAGUAAUAGAGAAUAUACACAUCAUGUAUUUUGAGGGUUUUGCACAACCUGAUAUUAUGUACACAUCAGCAAUGCAUUCUGAUCAUAUUUUAGCACCUGUUUCAA